AUGGCUCGUCAGAAGAAGGACGAUACGGGCGAGCUGCUCGUCUCCAUCGAGCAGUUUACGCGCACCCGCGAUCAGGUACGAAUGGCGUCCGACACUCCCAUAACCACCUCCUCCCCUCCAUCUUCCUCCGCCGAAAGCCUCGCGACCAAGCGUCGCAAGCAAGCCAAAAGGAUUGUCGCUCACAAAGCACUCUCGGAACAGGUCAUAAUAUCCCUCACCAACCUCCAAGCCGGUUUGACCCACGUCCAAAACGGCCUCGCACAGCUCCUACGCGUCUACAUUCAACACACGUCCUCCAUCCUCUCCGGCGGUGCCGACACCCUCGAGAGCCUCCAACUCCCCCCUCAUCUGGCCGCCCACGCCAAUGCUGCCGUCGAGGCCGCCCAGAACGCCGGUGACGCUGUCGCUGCCGCCAUCAGCGCCCCGGGCGCGCCGGAGACGGGCAAGAAGAAGCGCAAGCGCGCCGAAAAGAAGGAGAGGGAUCCGAAUGCCCCCAAGAAGCCUCUCACCGCUGCGUUUCUGUUUGCGCGCGAGGCGAGGCCGAUUGUGAAGAAGGAUCUCGAGGAGGCCCUGGGCCCGGAUCAGAAGCUUGAGCCCAAUGCCGUGAAGCUGGAGAUUGAUAAGCGCUGGAAUGAGAUGAGGGAGGAGGACAAGGAGAAAUGGAAAGCCUCCUACCGCGAGUCCUUCCAGAGGUGGCGCGAGGAGUACGACGCCUACAUGGCCAGCAAGGGCGAACCCGUCUCCGCAGACGUCGAUAUGCACGACGAUGAAGAACCCACCGACGAGGCCGAGGUCGGCGCUCUCGACUCGGAUGCCUCCAGCGACGCCGAAGACAAUGGUGAGAGCGGCGGGGCUAAGGCGGCCUCCCCACCGGCGGCGUCAUCCAAGACCCCUCGCCCCAGCAAGCGUCAGAAGACGGCUCCGCCCCAGAUCAACGGCGCGACUGUCCCUGUCCCCAUCGCUCCAGCUGUCGCUGCUGCUGCCCCGACUCCUAUCCCGGUCCCUGGCUCGGCCAAGCCUGCGCAGACCCACGUUCCGCCUCCGAGCUUUGGCGUUGAUGCCCCCCUCGUAACCCCUCUCAAGGAGAAAAAGGAUAAGAAGAAGAAGGACAAGUCUGGCGCCACCCCUGCUGCUGAGGAUGCCAAUGGAGAGGAGACGAAGAAGAAGUCCAAGAGUGGUAGGACCACGCGCGGUGCCGAAGCAGAGAACGAGACGGCGGAGAAGGACAAGGAGAAGGAGAAGGAACCCAAAAAGAAGCGCGACCGGUCUAAGAGGAAGAGUGAGGGCGUCACGGCCUAG